AUAUAUCACAUAACACAGAAUAUAUAUCUCAGAUGCACGAUCUAACCUUGGCAUGAGAGUGGGCAAGAUCCGUGUUCCUUCAUAUUCUCCUUUGUCGUCAAUCUUUACAAGCAAAUCAUUCCACCUUUCCUUCUCCAGCAAUAGCCCUUCGACUCCCAUCGAUCUUCCUUUCCAUCGGCCUCUGUCCUUCUCCGAUCUAUUUGCUAUAAACAACCAAAACACCUUUGCCGCUGCUCUGAGCUUUUCUUGGCGGAACAACUCUCCCGUCUUGGGCUCCCGGAUCCAUGGCCAAAUCAUCAAAUCCGGAUUCUCUGCAGACACCUUCUCACAGACUAAUUUGCUCACCAUGUACUCGAAAUGCCGAGAAGUUGACCAUGCAUCGAAGGUGUUCGACGAAAUGGCUGACAGGAAUCUUGUUUCUUGGACUUCGAUGAUAUCAGGGUUCGUUCACAACAAUGAGCAUGAAAAGGGUUUCAAUUUAUACGUUGAGAUGAUGAGAGCAGGGUUCGUCCCCAAUGAAUUCAGUCUGGCAAGUGUCAUGAGUGCAUGUGGAGUGACUGGGAGAAGUAAGUUUGGCAAUGCUCUUCAUUCUGUUGCAUUGAAGAUAGGCAUGGAUACAAACCGGUUUGUCGGCAGCACACUUUUGUGGAUGUAUGCAAAGUGUGGAAAUAUUGAAGCUGCAGAACUUGCCUUUGAAAUUAUAUGUGAUCCAGACUUGGCUUGUUGGAAUGCAAUUAUCGAGGGCUAUGCACUCAAUGGGGACAUCUUCAAUGCAAUGAAAAGUUUCAGUUUUGCCUCUCAUAUAGGACUAAACCCUGAUCAGUGCACUUAUAUCAGUACGUUGAAAGGGUGUCAAGUAACAGGGGACUUAAGGUGUGGACAAACUGUUCAUUGUGUGGCUAUUCGUAACGAGUUUCAAUCCAAUACUACUGUGAUGAAUUCUCUUGCUGAUAUGUACUUUAGAACUGGCAGGAAGAACUCCGCUCUGAAAGUUUUCCAUCAGAUACGUAUCAAGGACAAUUCAUCAUGGAAUACAGCAAUUUGUGGCCUUGCCAAAGAGGAGGAGGCAAGUGAAGUAGUGAAUUUGUUUUCUACCAUGCUAUCAGCCGGUGUUAGACCAGAUCAAAUUACUUUAUCCACCAUAAUCAGGCUUUGUGGUACAAUAGAGGAUCUUCAACUGGGUUCUCAGUUCUUCUGCUUUGCCUGUCGUCUUGGUUACUUAAAUUGUGAUUUGGUUGUCAACUCACUGAUAAAAAUGCUCUCGAGAUGUGAUAUGAUGGAUAGUGCUGCUCUUGUUUUCGCUGGCCACCCUCAUACGAAUCUUAUCAUUUGCAAUGAAAUGAUUGUAGGCUACACUUUAAAUGGAUUUUGUACAAAAGCCUUUCGAGUUUUCUGCAGUUUGAUUGAACAUGGAAUUGAAGGAGAUGAGUUCACAUACUCUAGCAUCUUAGGUGCUUGUUUAAGAAUGGAACAUCAAAGCAAAGUUCAGCAGAUCCAUGCUAGAAUUAUAAAGUUAGGUCUUGGUUCAUGUUGCUCCAUAUGUAGUUCAAUGGUUACUGCAUAUGCUAGCUUUGGAGCAAUUACGUCUUGUUAUGCUAUAUUCAAAGAUGCUGCAAAGUUAGAUUUGGUUUCUUGGGGAGCCAUGAUUUCGGCUUUUGUAAAACUUGGCUUCAAUAAAGAGGGCCUUUUACUUCUAAAUUGCUUGAGAGAUACAUAUGAAAGGCCUGAUGAAAUUAUAUUAUCAAGUGCUCUCAGAGCAUGUGCUAAUCUUGCAUUGCUUGACCAAUCCAUGUGCAUCCACUCAUACAUUGUCAAGAUAGGAUUUGAGAAUUGUUUAUGUGUAGCAACUGCAAUGAUAAAUUCCUACGCUAAGUCUGGAGAGAUUUCAAGCUCGAAGGAUGUCUUUAAAAAUAUCUCAAGGGAUUACAAGGAUGUCAUUCUCUUUAAUACCAUGAUUAUGGCCUAUGCACAUCAUGGCCUGAUAACAGAAGCCAUCGAACUUUUUCAACAGAUGAAGUAUUUUAAUAUACACCCUACUCAUGCCACUUUCGUGGCAGUUAUUGCAACUUGUAGCCAUCAGGGUCUAGUGAAGCAAGGUGAGCAUCUGUUUGAUUCGAUAAGCAGUGUUUAUGGAAUGUACCCUUCCACAGAUAAUUUUGCCUGCUUGGUCGAUCUUUUUGCCAGAAAUGGGCUUCUUGAUAAGGCUAAAAAUGUGAUUGAAAGCAUGCCUUAUGAACCAUGGUCUGCUCUGUGGAUAUCACUAUUAAGUGGAUGCCGCAUUUAUGGGAAUAAAGAUAUGGCUGAAUUGGCUGCUGAAAAGGUCCUCAAGCUAACCCCAAAUAAUGACAGUGCCUAUGCAUUGAUGGCAAAUGUAUAUGCAGGAGAUGCAAAAUGGAAGGAUGCUGAACGAAUGAGAUUUAACAUGGAAAUAAAUAGAGUUGACAAAACCUGUGGAUAUAGCAUUAUCGCCACCUGAAAUACAAAAAAGAAAAGAACAAAAGACUGAGGAUUGAGCAUUUGAGAGGUAUCAUCACUAAAGUCUUGUGUUCUCUGUUGAAGUUCAUCAAGAAAGAUUGUUAUUAUACUUCUAUUUAUACACACCAAAACACUAGAUGGCAAAAUUAGCUGCUUAAGAAUACACUCAGCUAAUGUCAUUGAAGCAUCACUGGAAAUGCAUAACGACGACUGCAAGAUGGAAAAGCUGCUGAAAGAAUGAGGAUUAAAAUGAACAUCAAAACAGUCUGCAAGAAAUGAAUUUAUCAUGCCACUGAGGCACGGGUAUGAUUUGUGAUAUAAUCAGAUUCCCAAAAUAAUUAUGAGAAUCCAACAUUUGAAAAAUGCUGUCCCUAAAAGUAAGACCAAGGUACCUCCAGUCCUUUUCUUUUGUAUGCUAAAGUUGCCAAUUGAAGUUACUCAAGAAUGCUCCUGAUUGCUUGCUUUUGAAUAUAAUCAACUGGUAUCAUAAACUCGACAAAAGAUGCAGCAGCAUUGCCUUUUCCUGAUAUAUUCUUAAGAGGCACUGGGGAUCAGCUGGGGGCUAAAAUUUCAAUUAAGCACUCGACUGCUAUGGAUUCUUUGGGAGAUGGAAUGCAUCAUUUAUAUAGAUAGAUUUAGAAGCUCUUUUGUUGUCAAGUGCUAAGGAGUUUGUGUAUAAAUAUAAACUUGUUUUUUAAACAGUGACAUUGAUGUGUAUAAUUUAUCAAUUAGAGGCCAUGCUGUGGUUCUGAUUCAUAAGAAAAAGAGACAUGAAAUGGCAUUUC